CAAAUAGACAGGAGGGGAGGAAGAACGGAUUAAUUGUCUCAGAAAUCCCUAUACUCUUCCAAUCUACUCAACUUCAAGCGGAAAGAAAAUGGCACAACCGCAAGAAGCUAAGUCAUGUUCAAAAGUUCCAAGCAAUGAUGCGUAUUUUGAUACCGUCCAGUCAAGGAAAAAAUUGCCACAUCAUUUACAGGAGUCUUUAACGGGAGCGUUUACCAGGAUUCCAGUUUCAUCCUUUCCAGACGUUCCAGGGGGUAAAGUUAUUGAAAUCGAAGCAGAUGCAUCUAUUGCUGAUGCUGUUAAAAUUCUAUCUGAAUGCAAGAUUAUGUCUGCUCCAGUAAGAAAUCCAGAUGCAGGAACUAGUUUGGAUUGGAGGGAUAGGUAUUUAGGAAUAGUAGACUAUUCUGCAAUCAUUCUCUGGGUGUUAGAGAAUGCAGAACUUGCUGCACUUGCUAUAUCAGCAGGUUCUGCAACAGCUGCUGGAGUAGGUGCAGGUGCUGUUGGUGCACUUGGUGUACUGGCUUUAGGUGCAACUGGUCCUAUUGCAGUUGCUGGGUUGACUGUUGCUGCAGUUGGUGCAGCAGUGGCUGGUGGUAUGGCUGCAGACAGAGUGAUGGGGAAAGAUGCUCCAACAGCCGCUGAUUCUCUGGGGGAAGACUUCUACAAAGUUAUCCUUCAGGAGGAGCCUUUUAAGUCAACCACAGUGAGAUCAAUAGUUAAGUCCUUUCGGUGGGCUCCUUUUCUUCCCGUUUCAACAGAUAGUUCCAUGUUGACUGUGUUGCUGCUGCUCUCAAAGUACAGAUUGAGGAGUGUCCCAGUAAUCGAAACAGGCAAGCCAUUUAUUAGGAAUUUUAUUACUCAGUCAGCAGUUGUGCAGGGCCUUGAACAGUGCAAAGGAAGGGACUGGUUUGAUUGCAUUUCUGCACGUCCAAUUUAUGAUUUUGGGCUUCCUUUUAUGUCUCAUAAUGAGGUCCUCAGCAUCAGGAGUGAUGAACUGAUUCUGGAAGCUUUCAAGCGCAUGAAGGACAAACAAAUUGGCGGUCUUCCUGUUGUAGAGGGCCCCAAAAGAAAGAUAGUUGGAAACAUUAGCAUAAGAGACAUCAGAUAUCUGUUGCUUAACCCUGGACUCUUUUCCAGUUUCAGGCAGCUCACCGUGAUUGAUUUCAUGAACACCAUCGCAUCAAUUGCAGAAGAACCUGGGAAGGUUAUGCCACCAAUAACAUGCAAGCCUGAUACACUCCUUGGUAGCGUGAUCAGAACUCUUGCUUCCAAAUCAGUUCACAGGAUUUAUGUAGUGGAUGGCAAUGAAGAUGAAGUUAUUGGCGUCAUUACACUCAGAGAUGUGAUUUCUUGCUUCAUCUUUGAGCCUCCAAACCACUUUGAUGAUUACUUUGGGUUUGCUGUGAGAGAAAUGUUAAACCAGUGAAAGUGCUGUUCUUGGAGGCAACAAUCACUUGAUGAAAUGAGUGUAGAAAAUUCCAACUCUGGUUUACAGGCUUUACAUGUUAUGAUAUAAUUGCUGGAUUGGUGUACUAUUUAACCCAUCAUAUUAUUUUCUUCUUUUUUUUUGAAGCCCCAACCCUAUCAUAUUGUAAAACUAGAACCGGCAAGUUUCAUUAAUACUUUAUCCUUCAUCA